AUGCGAAAGGCAGAAGUGGAUUGGGAUAGCGAUCUUGAAUCAGAGGAAAAUCGUCCUUAUUGGACAGGAGAGAUUGAAAUAUAUGCAUCGCAAUGGGAUGAUCGAUUAGCGUGCAUCGAAGAAUCAUACGAGACAAAUUUGCUGGAAAAGGAGAAACAGAUUGGAAAACGUUUGAGCCGUGGCUAUCGAACAAGAUAUGAGCCUGUUCUUGCACGUGUCAAAGCUCGUGAGGAUCAUGAACGUCGUCAACGUGAACUUCGUCAUGAGAAACGCAGAGACUUUUCACGCAAGCAAAGAGAACGUGAAGUGGAUCUUGAAUUGCUUGGAACGUUGGAUGACGGAGAUCAUCGCAACAAGGCAUACCGUCAAAAAGGAAAAGCUGGUCGUUAUUCUGGCUUCCGUGCUUUGGCCGAUGAAGAAGAGGACGAUUUGUUGAAUGAAUUAUUAGGCUCAAGCGAUGACGAGAUGUCGUACAGCAGAAUGAGCAAAAAGCGUAGAUACGAUCAUGGUUUCUCACAAGCAGCAGAGGAUCUGGAGAGCAUGUUGGAUUCACGUGCAUCAUCUCCUGCAUCGGCAAUCGUUGAAGAUGUUUCACUUCAACCUGGUGGACCAAUGACGGAGCGCAGAGAAAAUGCUUUGAUUGACGCUCACAAAAAGAUUUGGACAAGCAUUGCUCGCAGAGAUGUACCAAAAGUAUACCGUAUCGUACAAGCUGGUGUUACGAACAAGGCAAUGUAUUGGCGUAGAUUGUCCGGUGUUGUUGCCCGUGAAGCCAAACGAGGCGCUUCUCGUGGUAACAAGACUGCCAAAGAUCAACAACAGAGAGCACGCAAAGUGAUGCGCGAAAUGUUGGUAUACUGGCGUAAGAAUGAGAAAGAAGAACGUGAAUUACGCAAGAAAGCUGAAAAGGAAGCAUUGGAAAAAGCAAAGAAAGAAGAAGAAAUGCGUGAAGCCAAACGACAAGCACGUAAAUUGAACUUCUUGAUCACGCAAACUGAAUUGUACUCUCACUUUGUGGGCAAUAAGCUCAAAACGAGUGAAGCAGAAGAAUCCGAAGAGACAAGUGGUGGAAAUAAAGCUAUCUCUUCCACACCUGCACCAGGUGCUGAUCCAACCGUGCCACCGAUCGCGGGCGACAAUGCUGCUGAAUUGGCCGAUGCAGAAGCACGUCUAGCCGAAUUGAAAGAUCUUGAUUUCGAUGAUGAAGAUGAAGCAAAUCUACGAGCACAUGCUCGUAAGAAUGCUGAAGAAGCCGUCGCUGCUGCCAAAGCCAAGGCAACUGCGUUCGAUCAAAGAGCUGCAGAAGAGCGUAAGAAGCUGGCAGAAGAACAAGGUGAAGGUAGACGGAUCGAUGAGAAGGACUUGGGAAAAGCAUUCGAUCAAGACGAUCUCAAUUUCCUCAAUCCUUCUUCGAUGGGCCAGAUGGAUUUGAAACAACCAAAGAUGUUGACAUGUCAAUUGAAAGAAUAUCAAUUGAAAGGUUUGAAUUGGUUGGCAAAUUUGUACGAACAGGGUAUCAAUGGUAUUUUGGCUGACGAGAUGGGUCUCGGUAAGACUGUUCAAAGUAUUUCUUUGAUGGCUUAUCUGGCUGAAGUGCACGAUAUUUGGGGCCCUUUCUUGGUCAUUGCACCUGCUUCUACACUUCACAAUUGGCAACAGGAAAUUAGCAGGUUUGUACCAAAUCUCAAAGCCUUGCCAUAUUGGGGUAAUGUCAAAGAUCGUACAGUAUUGCGUAAAUUCUGGAACCGUAAGCAAGUGUCGUAUCAUCGCGAUGCUCCAUUCCAUGUCUUGAUCACAAGUUAUCAAUUGGUGGUUUCAGACGAGAAAUAUUUUCAGAGGGUGAAAUGGCAAUACAUGGUAUUGGAUGAAGCACAAGCGAUCAAAUCGAGUAGUAGUAAUCGUUGGAAGACGCUGCUAGGUUUCGAUUGUCGUAACAGAUUGCUCUUGACGGGUACUCCAGUUCAAAACUCUAUGCAAGAAUUGUGGGCAUUGUUGCAUUUCAUCAUGCCAAGUUUGUUUGAUUCUCACGAUGAAUUUAGCGAAUGGUUUUCAAAGGAUAUCGAAAGUCAUGCCGAGAACAAAGGAACUCUUAAUGAACAUCAAUUGCGUCGUUUGCAUAUGAUCUUGAAGCCAUUCAUGCUUCGUCGUAUCAAGAAGAAUGUUCAAAACGAAUUGGGCGACAAGAUUGAGAUUGAUGUAUUCUGCGAUAUGUCUGCCCGUCAACGGUACUUGUACAGAAACUUGCGUUCUCGCGUUUCGAUUGCAGAAUUGAUGGACAAGGCACAAUCUAAUGACGAUGCUGGAUUGAAGAGUCUAAUGAAUUUGGUCAUGCAAUUCCGUAAAGUUGUAGGACAUCCGGAACUGUUUGAAAGAGCAGAUGUGGAAGCUCCUCUGGCUUUCACUCAGUUUGCUCAAUCUGGCUCUCUUGCACGCGAAGGCGAUUUGCUCAGCUGCGGAGAUUCGACAAGAAGUUUUAUUGAGUAUGAAUUGCCAAAACUUGUCUGUCGUCAAGGUGGUUUACUCAACGUUCCUGGACCGCAUUCUCGGGCUGGCUUUGACACCCAUUACUUGGGGAAUCUGAUGAACGUAUACAGGUCUGCAAAUGUCCACCAGUCAUCAAACUUUAGCUUCCUUCCAUUGCUCAAUCUGACCGCAUCAGAUGUGGAAAAGUCAGUGCAUGGAAAUCCUUCUUCACGUAUCAUGAAGGAAAUGGUGGCAGAAGCGGAAAAGCAUACUCGCUCUCCAUAUCUGUACGAUGAUGAUUUCGCUGCAAGUAGCGUGCGAGCCUUCGGAGAUUUGACAAAACCAAUUCCCACCAAUUCGGGUGCUGCCCCUUCUAUGCUGGUUCCACUCGAUGGAAUCGCUGAAGAUUACAAUAAGUCGUCUUUCUUGUCAAGUCGAGAUGCAAGACCGCUCAUCACUCCAGUCGUUGCGCCACCGGCAAAGUUGAUUUGCAGCGAUGGACCAUUGACACAACAUCAAGAAGGACUAGCACACGAUGACGAUGUUUCGAUGAUGUUGUACGGACUGGCACCCAGUGAACGAGAGUCCGAACCCGCUCUCCUUGAAGCACGAGAACGUCUUCCUUCGCUUCCACCAAAUGGUUUGCUUGCCCAAUCGGGUGACCAUCAACUACCCGGAAGUGAGAUGCGAGUGCCACAAAUGGAUAAGCUCAUCACUGAUUCAAGCAAGAUGGCUAAAUUGGAUGAACUUUUGCGCGAACUCAAAGCUGGUGGUCAUCGUGUUUUGAUCUACUUCCAAAUGACACGAAUGAUGGAUUUGAUGGAAGAAUAUUUGAUCUACAGACAGCACAAAUACUUGCGUUUGGACGGUAGUACGCGAAUCGAUGAAAGAAGAGAUGCAGUUACCGAUUGGCAAACCCGACCUGAACUAUUUGUGUUCUUAUUGAGUACCCGUGCUGGUGGUUUGGGUAUCAAUUUGACUGCGGCUGAUACUGUGAUCUUUUACGAUCACGAUUGGAAUCCUUCAAACGAUCAACAAGCAAUGGAUCGUGCACAUCGUCUCGGUCAAACGAAGCAAGUGACGAUCUACCGAUUAAUCACAAAGAACACGAUUGAUGAACGCAUUGUCAGAUUGGCAAGGAACAAAAAGGAAGUUCAGGAUAUCGUUGUGGGUAAUAAAGCAUACAGUGAACAAGGAAUGGCUAAGCCACAAGAGAUUGUCAACUUGUUAUUGGAUGAUGAUCAGAUGGCCGAAACGAUGUUGCGAAGAAAGCAAGAGGAAGAGAGAGUGCAAACGGAAGGUAAAGCAGCACAAAUGAAGAGUAAUGUUGCCAAACGAAAAGCCAAAGCUGAAGCGGCUGCCGUUGCAAGUCCUCAAAUUCAAGGUCAGCCAACUUGGGCAUUUGACGAAGAUGAAGAUGACUUUUUCGGUGCCAAAGUUCCACCACGUAAUAAGAUUACUGAGAUUAGUGGGGCAGAUACUCCAUCACGAGAUGGAAGGAGUACACCCAAGAAUGGAAAUGGUGGUGCAUCAAGUGCAAAGAAGGAAAAGAAGAAGCCAGGACCGAAAAAGGCAAAGACUGCUGCUAAUGGAGAAGGAACUCCGGCCAAAAAGAAAGGCAAGAAAAGUACUUUAGCAGGACAACAACAAGAUGAUGGAUUUGGAGAUCCAGAAGAUAUGAAUAUAGAUCAAAUGAUGGCAGAAGCCAUGUAA